AUGGGAAACACUUCGGACACCUCUGCCUCCUUCGUGUCCUCCGUCUCCAAAGAGCACGACAUCUUCAUGGGAGCCGUCUACAGCGUGUUCUGCAACAAGUUCUCGUCGUCUCACGCCUGCCUCCUGGUGGUUGCGGUGUGGUGCUACGCUUUUGUUUUUGCCCUGGGGCCCUUGGCAGAGUGGGGCCACUACAGCUCUGAACCUUAUGGCACGGCCUGCUGCAUCGACUGGCACGCGCCCAACCACGAGCUGGCGUCUCUGUCUUACAUCGUGUGCCUUUUCGUCUUCGGCUACGCUUUGCCCUGCACCAUCAUCUUUCUGUCGUACACUCUCAUUCUGCUGACGGUGCGGGGAUCGCGUCAGGCCGUUCAGCAGCAUGUGUCACCGCAGACCAAGACCGGCAACGCUCACGCCCUCAUUAUCAAGCUCUCUGUGUCCGUGUGCAUUGGGUUUCUAACCGCAUGGACGCCCUACGCUGUUGUGGCCAUGUGGGCUGCUUUCGGAGACGCGCUGCUUGUUCCUCCCACUGCCUUCGCUCUGGCCGCUCUCUUCGCCAAAUCCUCCACUAUCUACAACCCGCUGGUCUACCUGCUCUGCAAACCAAACUUUCGAAAGUGUUUAUGCAAGGACUCCACGUCAUUACGCCUAAGGAUUUCAGGGGGCAGCCCCCAGUUGGACCCGAGAAGCUAUUGGGGUUGUAACUUACCACGUACUACAGGGAGCGGUCAGGGCAAUCGCUCCUCAAAUGGACAGCAGCAGGAGUGCGGCGCGGUGGGAUGUCAUCAUGUGGACGUACCCCAAAGAACUGCCUGUAUCCUCGUGGGGCCCUCGUGCACAGAGGUGACACUGAACCAGGAUUCCACAGAAAUAUUGCAGGUUCAAGAGAAAAAGAGAAGUUUCAGCAGCGCAUGGAACCACCGGAGCAAAGUGACGUUAACGUCAGCGGUCACGCGCCCUCAACAGCUCGCUCCAAAAGGCGGGAGUCUUGAACAGGACGCCACCAUGAUGUUCUAUACUCAACUUUUUACCUCCAAGAAAGGCUCUUUGGCUAAAAUCUGGCUAGCUGCCCACUGGGAAAGGAAACUCACCAAGGCCCACAUCUUUGACUGUAAUUUAGAAAGCACUGUCAAAGAUAUAAUAUCUCCCAAGAUGAAAAUUGGUUUAAGGACCUCAGGCCAUCUGCUUCUUGGAGUUGUUAGAAUAUACUCCAGAAAAGCGAAGUACCUGCUCUCAGACUGCAGUGAUGCUUUGGUGAAAAUAAAAAUGGCAUUCAGGCCAGGUCAGACUGAUCUCCCGGUGGAAGGACUGGAGGCGACAGUGAAAGCCAUCACUUUGAUGGAAGAGUUUACAGACUUCGACAUACAGCUGCCAGACCCAAGUAAUAUCGACAUGGUGGACGCAUUCGCUCUCAAUCAAUGUCGAAAUGAGGAGAUUACUAUAAAAGAGGAUUUCGGCAACAGCUUUUUUAAUUUGACAGAUUUAGACACUCAAAGCACUCACCCUGGUCUGCUGGACAUGAGCCUCCGCAGCUUCAGUCAUCACGCGGACACGUUUGGGGAUGAAGAUGAAGGAUAUGAUAUACUCGACUUUCUCACUGACCAUGAGCAGGAGCGAGAACCACUCGUCUUAGAACUGACUGAUAAUGAAAAUAAAGUUACUUUGGCACUAGACAAUCUCCAAGAAAGUGAUGCAGAAGAUGCAAGAAAACCGGUGGUGUCCACAACAAACAUCACUCUUCUGUCAAACGAGGAGGAGGCCUUCGCUCUGGAGCCGGUUCCAAUCACACCAACAACUGAGAAAAGAAAGGGGUCAAGGAAACGUAAGCUGAUAGUCGACGGGGCGAAGGAACUGACAAACGAGGCCAUCAAAGACCAGCUGUCGGACUAUUCGGACCUGGUCGCUCCUCUGGACAUGGCCCCGCCCACUCGCAGCCUCACCAAGUGGAAGGAAAGUGGAGCAGCAGACACACUGUUGGCUCAGCCCUGCUCUGCUGUCAUCACCCCAGAAAUCAAUGAGGUUUUUGUUAAACACAUUUUUGAGAGAAAGCAUUACAUAACAAAGGAUACAGAGGCCCUUCGACAGGAUGGAGAGGAGGUUGACGGAGACGUGAGUUCACUUAACGUAGAGAGUUUCAGUGUGACAGAUUCAAUUGUUGAACCUGAGAUCACACACCACACAGAGCUGACGGAUCCCACCCUGAACAUUGAAGACCAGAGAGAGAACCAUGAAAUGGACAGGUCAGACUUCACUCACCCUGAGCUUCCUUCACAAGAUUCUCUGUUUGUCCAAAGGUCGCACAUGGAGCAGGAGUCCACACCUCUGCACACUCAGUCUAUGCUGGAUAGCCAGGACUUUGGGGAGAAGAGAAUAACCAGACGAGCUCAAAAGCUUCUUGGUGCUUUACAAGCUACUCAAGUGAGUGGAAACAGCGACUCGUUCUUCAGCCUGAAGGCACUUUGUGCAGGGAGUACCCGGCCCCGGGCUGCCACCACUUUCGUGUGUUUCCUAAUUUUGAAGAAAGAGCAAGCCCUGAACCUGCAGCAGAGCGCUCCCUAUGAGGACAUUCUCAUCACGCUUAACUGA